AUGAAUUCCGCAGUUAACUCGCUUCCUAUAAAGGUUCAGAGUUUACAAUCCUCUAAAAUUGCAAGAAAUAGUACUCGUGGUACAUACAGGUUAAAAAGAUUUGUUCGAAGUAAGCAUGGAUUCCGAACAUAUGCAUCAGGAUCCGAAGAAGUUAAAGUGGAAGAAACUGCAAGACCAGUAUAUCCUUUUAGUGCGAUCAUUGGGCAGGAAGAGAUGAAAUUUGCUGCGCUGAUGAAUAUUAUUGAUCCGAAUAUUGGAGGCAUCAUGGUCAUGGGAGACCGUGGAACUGGUAAGUCAACUACCGUUCGCUCUCUCGUGGAUCUGCUUCCACUCAUUGAGGUGGUUCAAGAUGACCCAUUUAUGAGUAGUCCGACGGACCCUAAUUUGAUGUCUCCGGACGUUCUUUCUGCAUUUAGAGCAGGUGAAAAUAUUCCAACUACGAAAGUCCGAAUCAAUAUGGUUGAUUUACCUCUUGGUGCAACUGAGGACCGUGUCUGCGGAACAAUUGAUAUUGAAAAAGCCUUGACAGAGGGUACUAAAGCUUUUGAACCAGGACUAUUGGCUAAAGCUAAUCGGGGUAUACUUUACGUCGAUGAAGUCAAUCUUCUUGAUGAUCACCUAGUCGACGUUCUCCUUGACUCCGCAGCAUCGGGUUGGAACACUGUUGAGCGCGAGGGUAUCAGCAUUUGUCACCCAGCAAGGUUUAUUCUGAUUGGUUCUGGGAAUCCUGAGGAAGGUGAACUUAGACCUCAGCUUCUUGAUCGGUUUGGAAUGCACGCUCAGAUUAAAACGGUAAAAUUGCCCGAAGAAAGAGUUCAAGUCGUUGAAGAACGUACAGAAUUUGAUUCUUCUCCAAAGGAGUUUCGCAGUAAAUAUGAUGACAAACAAGCUGAAGUUAUCAAUAAGGUUACUCUUGCACGUGCACUAUUGCCGGAAGUUGAGGUGCCCAUGGAUAUUCGUUUGAAAAUUUCGCAAGUCUGUGCUGAGCUUGACGUUGACGGUCUUAGAGGAGAUUUAGUAACUACGCGUGCUGCAAGAGCAGCUGCCGCCUUUCGAGGAUCGAAAAUUGUUACUGAUGAAGAUGUGUAUGCAGUUAUAACACUUUGUCUGCGUCAUAGAUUGAGAAAAGAUCCCAUGGCUUCAAUUGAUGAGGGAUCGCGUGUUUUAGAAGUGUUCUCAGCUGUAUUUGGUUAUGAACAGUAG